UUUAAGCCAAAAUACUUUUUCGAACAUUUUUGUGCCAGAAGGAUGCCAAAAUGCCCAAUUAAUGCCAAAAUAAAACCAAAAUGUUUGCUAUCUGGGUGUACUGUAAUGUACAUGCUGUUAUGACGGUGAUCACUAGGGGCACUAGUGUCACGUGUUACUGUUGAGGUUGAAGAGUUGAGGCUGGAAGUAAAAGUUCGCUGGACCUAAACAGCUGUGUCUCAGUGUUUAAUUACCUAGUAGAAAACCUACAGAAGACCUAAGGAGACCAGUAAUGGACGAGGACAAAGAGUUGGAGAGCGCCAUGUUGAACAUCUCACCAUCUGACCUGCUGAGCACGAGCAGUCACACUGUUAAUACAUUGCUGUAGCUGCAGCAAAAAGAGAAGAGGAUGUGUCAAGAAUACUUCCACGAGCAAAACCAGGUUUUUAAAUGAGAGGUUUCAGGACUGGAGAGCUGAUGAAUGCCAUCCAAAACUGAGCCAUGACUUUCUGUGUUCUGCCUUUGCUUUUUGUUAUGGCCACGUUCUGGCCAGGUUCCUGUUCCACAUGUCUCUUCCUACUGUUACACUAAAAGUCCUCAGGACUAUGAAUUGAUUCCUGCUGAGAAGAUGUGAUUCCAGACACAUCCUGUCUGCAACGCUGUCCAGACCUCCUCCUGAUGCAUCAGAGCAACUGGAAACCUCAGCAGUUGAUGUCCCAACCAGUAAACAAGGGAAGACACCUGCGGCCCUGCCACCAGAGCUGGCCUUCCUGGCAAAGGAAACAUCAAGCUUCACAAAGAGCCUGGAGUCAUGUAACGAUUCAAACACAAGAUCUGCUGGCUCCUCUGCACAGAGAGUGCUGGAUUUUGAAGACAGAGGUGAAAAGGUUUCCUCAGCCCAGCCACCUGCUCCUUCGCUCUUGCCUGACCGGGACCUUGAUAUGAACAGCUGGAGCUGUUCUCAGCACCAGAAACUGUGGAUGAGGACAGAACUACAGGAUCUCGGACUGUGGCCUGGCUCUCAUCCCGUUCGCAUUGUUGGGAAUGCAGUUUCACUCUGGCGUCUUCCUCCACAACCAGAGCUAAUAGACACAGUGGCCGACCUCCCAUCACCCAACUUCUUUCAGCUGCACCCGUUUUUCAUCUGGAAGCAACAUCAUGAUCAGACUGAGGAACAAUUACAUCCUGCCCUGUCUUCAUGGGUGUCAUCAUCCUCAGGUGGUCUCUGCUGGCGUGGGUAGGCCUCGGGUGAUUGUUGGCACCGGUGGACGGUAUUACAUCUUUUCCUCCAGACUUUGUUGCAAGUCUUGUCGGAGAAACUGGUUUGCAGACAGUCCCCGGUGGCUGCAAAAAGCUGCCCAGCCACUUCACAAACAUUCUGCCUGCAUUCCUGACAUAUAAGAAGACCAUCUGCAAGUCUGUAAUGGAUGAGCUGAGGCGCACGGGCAAAUCACCAUCAGACAUGGCAAACCAGGGGAAUGAACUCAUGCAUCUCAAAUUUGAGUGAGCUCACCUGGCAUACCUGCAGGCAAUCGAGAGCGUUUGGGAUGCUGAGGCUGGGGUUCAUGGACAGAAGACCAUUGGGCAGUUUGUGAGAAAGGAAAAUGCACCACGUCCUUUUGGCUCAUAUGAAGAUGUCAGUGGGUGGUGUGGAAUUUCUGUUUCCAGCUUCUACCUCACUGACUGUCUGCUGGAAGAGUACAGACGCCAAGAGCCAUCCAUGUCCAGGCUCCUUCAAGGAUCUUUUGGGCAGAUCUUCAGGUCUGACCACACCAGAAAAGUUGCACGCAAAGUGACACUUGCAUCAGGGACAAUGUCUAGCUUUGCAAUCAUGAACGAAAACUGGUUGAUUUGAUUGUUUCCUGGGUGAUGGUUCAGUCUUAGGCUGAGAGGUCCUUGCAGCCGAUGUACGAGGGAGUGGCCAGGAGGUACGCUGAAGCUGAAGUGGAGAAGGCAGGCUACCACUGGGUGGACAGGGAUUGCUGUGCUUCUUUCAAGAUCCCAGACUCCAUCCCUGGUGAACAUUUACUCUGGGAUGCUUGGAAGACAACCCCUGCCAUUGUGAAUGCUGCUACCUCUGGACCACUGGCUAAUACUAGUGCCUCUCGAUCACAUUACAACCCCAACAUUGCUAUAAAACUGGACUUGUUUCACUGCCUCAGGCGCUUUUCACGGGAGUGCACGUCUGAGCAUCACCCCCUCUACAGCAGUUUCUGCCAGCUUCUCUCUGCUGCCUUCUCUGUGGUUGAUCAGGAGGACCUCAAGAAGCUCAGGGACGCCUACGAAUUCUGUGGUAUCCGGCCAGCCAAUCCCACCAAACAACACAUACGGGAGCACUGCAGGACCAAGAUACCACAGCCCACAGAGCUCCUGGACAGAGUGGAAAAGGUGAUCAACCAUUUUCAUCUGGCCAAGGAUCCAAAUGAUGUCCCUCUGUUUAAACCCUCCAUGCUGAAGACGUGGCGCAUACAGCGAGUGCAUAUUCUCCAUGGAUGCCUCAGUGACCCUGAAAUCUCCGAGAGGAUCAUGUACAGGUAUGGUGGCACUCUUCAGCUUAACCAUGUACCUGGAGAAGGAGCAAAGGUCAACAUCUGGAUUCCUGUCAGAGGUACAUCACAACAAGAGGGGUACCAUUUCCACCAGGCCCAGUGGAUCACCGGAACCCAUGCCUCCACUGAACUGUUUCAGGCGCAGGCAAUGACAGGAGUGGCAAGAUGGAACUACCAACGACUGGUGGACCUUAAGCGACCAGACAUUGUCCUGCCAGCUGUAUCUGAUCCCGCUUUAAUAGCUGAAUUAAACAGCUCUUACAAGAGAGUGACUGGACAGGAGAAAUAUCCCACUCUCAGAGUCUCUGACAGGGAACCAGCGAAAGAUUUGGACUUGAGUACAUAGAGCCAGGCUGCCGACCGGUCCCUCUUGACUGGGACAAACACAGGACUCAGAAGAGAGGUGAAUCAUCUGCUCCAUUCCUGCUUCCUGUGCAUUCAUCCAUCCCGGCUCAAGUUCCAACUCCAGCGUCAACCUCCAACUUGGGUUCAGCUCCAUCUGUCAGCCCUCUACUCUCUGCUGGUGACCUCCUGAAAGAAGAUGUCCAGGAAUUUCUAGCCACACCAGAUCUUUCGUGUGCUCCACCUCUGCCUCUGAGAGCCUACCCAAGUAGCGCCCACGUCGGACCCAUAAAAACAGGUGGACGGGUCUUUGUGUUGGAUCACACAUGCUGGACACUGCCCAUGAAAGAGGCCAUUGAUGACCUGCUGCAGAAGCACCGUGGGGACAAGGAGAUGCUGAAGCUUGUGGAUCAAGAAUACGCAGCCAUUUUUCAUCGAGCUGCUGCUGAUCCAAAC